AUGGAAUAUCAGAGAUUUUAUGAUUUACCUUCACCUUUGUGUCCUGAUUUUAAACAAAAGGCUUCCAAUAUAUAUAUGAAUCAAAAACGUUUAUUAUAUAUCUUAAAUCAAAAUAAUAUUAACAGAGAAGAAAUAGAUUCAUCACAAGAUAUACUUAAGUGUCAAAAUGAACAACUUAAUGAAAAUAAAAUAAAAGUUAAUUGUGACGAAACGUCUCCACAAAAAAGGUAUUGGACUGAUGUUGAAUGUAUUGCUUUUAAAAAAGCAAUAAAAUAUUUUGGUUAUACAACAGCAAGAGGAAUAAACACUCUUCUUAUUUCUGCAUUUGUUGGAACUCGUACACCUACUCAAGUUCGUUCACAUGCACAAAAAUAUUUUAUGAAAGAAAAACCUUUUGACAUGGAACUUAAGCUUUCAGAAAAAGAUAUUGAAAAACUUGAGCUUAUUCAAAAGAAAAAUUACCUUCGAACCAGUUGUACUCGAAUCGACGUUAGUUGA